GAGACUGUCUCAGUUCACCUCCAGUUGCUCGCCAAUCCAUUCAUAAACAAAUCAGUCCAGCUUGGGUCCUCAGAGCCGCCACCUAAGAACAACAAGCAGAACUUGAUCUGUAUUUUGAAGUUUUUUCCCUCUGCCUUUUCUCUGUCUCAGGUCGGUGUUUUUUGAAACUUCCCUCUCUAGCUCUUUGCUCGACUCCCCUUUACAAUUCCCUCCCACCUCUUGCCUCCUCAGUCGUACUCUAGCUGCAGCAGGGCCGGACCACUGACACUCCUCUGUGUGAAUCUGUCAGGGAAGGACUGUAUACUUGUGCAUCUCCAGUGGAGCGCUUUUUUUUUUUUCUUUCUUUUCUUCUUUCUUUUUUUAACUUACAGCUCUCUUUGGGGGCAGUGGCUAGGCUUUUUCAGAGUGUGAGAGAGGGGAGGAGACCCCCAUGGUGCUGUGAUUUGACUAAACAAACAGCCAGACUCAGAGCGGUACCUCCUCCAGUGGGCUCCUGGGACAGCAGAGAUUAACCUCGCAGCCCUCAGACUCUGUACAUCUGAGGGAUCUAUACAUCUGAAGCAGCAGCCCCUGUAGAGACGACCAGCUGGAAAAGUCUCCUCUGAUUUCAGAAGGAGGAGACCGACUGUUGGCAGGCAAACCUCGGCAACAGACUUAUCUGUGCUUCUAGGAUCUCCGUGAAGAACAAAGUGCAUUGACGACGUCCAACAUGAGGAGUGUGACAGUGUCCACUCUACAUCUGACACUCACAGUUACCGCUCUCCUGUAUCUCUGUCCUGAGCUGAGCUGCCUGGACAUCACACCUGGUGACAAAGACUUCGUCCUGACUCAGGGAUCUUCCCUCACCCUGACUUGUACUGGCUUGGGGGAGACGACCUGGGAGUUUAAGAGGGACGAUGUGCCUUAUGUUCAAGUGGAGCAAACCCAAUAUGGCAGGCAAAGCUACCAAAUAGUGCAAAGCGGUGACACAUCCAGUGUUCUGACGCUGUGGGAUGUCAGCUGGAAGCACACAGGGGUCUAUCAGUGUAUUGAUCGACGAACCGGAGAGACCGAGGAGGUGGCGGUGUUUGUUCCAGACCCUGAUAUGUGGUUCAUAGAGACCUCUCAUGGCAUGGUCACUAAGACCAGCGAGGAAAGCACCAUCCCCUGUUUGGUCACCAACCCCAACAUCAGCGUCACCCUUUACGAGAAGGACACUGACCUGCCUCUGAAGGGCGUUUAUGUCCCCGGUGAGGGCUACAAGGCGGCGCUGGAGGACCGGACCUAUGUGUGUCGUGGAGAGCUGAACGGGGAGGUGAAGGACUCCCAGGCCUUCUACGUCUUCAGCAUAGUGGUCCCAGAGGCCAUCGACGCCUACAUCACUGCAUCGAAGACCGUCCUGAAGCAGGGCGAACCGCUGACAGUGAACUGCACGGUACACGGAGUGGAGCUGGUAUUUUUUUCCUGGGAUAUCCCCAACAGUCAGGUUAUUGAGGUUGAUCCACUGACAGACGUCCUCUCUGCCAUGAGCAUGCGAUCAUGCCUGAUCUUCUCUCAAACCACGACGGCUCACAGCGGAAACUACAUCUGCCACGUCCAUGAGGGAGUCCAAGAUCAGACAGCUUCUGCCAGCGUCACCAUCACUGUGCUCGAGCGAGGCUUUGUGGAUGUGAAGCCUGUUCAGCAACUAAACAUCUCAGCCAUGUUACAAGAAAAUGUGGAGCUGGUGGUGGAGAUCGAAGCUUACCCAACCCCUCAGGUGUUCUGGAGAAAAGAUGGUGCCGACAUUAAAGGAGACAAAAUCAUCAUAACCAACCAGGAGCAUGAGAUCAGGUAUGUCAGUACUCUCACCUUGGUAAGAGUAAGAACAGAACAGAAAGGCCUCUACACUGUUCUUGUUACAAAUGGAGAUGACAGAAAGGAACUGACCUUUGACCUGGAGGUCCAAGUUCCGUCUCAGAUUAAAGACCUCACCGAUCACCACCUCCCUGGGAAGAGACACUUGGUGACCUGCGUGGCCGAGGGGGUCCCAGCUCCAGUCAUUUACUGGUACAGCUGUGACAGCAUGCUCAAGUGUAGUAACCAGUCUACGCUGUGGCAGCCCCUGACUCCGGAACCAGAGGUCCUGAGCAUCCAGACCAAUGUCAGCUACAGCGAGACUCGGAAAACCAGCCAGGUGCGGAGCGAGGUGACCUUCCACAAGCCACAGCAGGUGACAGUGCGCUGCGAGACCACAAACCAAGCUGGACUCAUCGACAGAAGAGACGUCAAACUGGUGUCCAGUACGUUGUUCUCCCAGGUGGCAGUGUUGGCUGCUGUUUUAGCCUUAGUCGUCAUCAUUAUCAUGUCUUUUAUUCUCCUCAUCGCUGUAUGGAGAAAGAAACCUCGAUAUGAGAUUAGAUGGAAGGUGAUUGAGUCUGUGAGUCAGGAUGGUCAUGAGUAUAUCUAUGUGGACCCCAUCCACCUGCCCUAUGACCUGGCCUGGGAAAUGCCCCGAGAUAACCUGGUGUUGGGUCGGACUCUUGGAUCAGGAGCCUUUGGCAGGGUGGUCGAAGCAACUGCGUAUGGUCUCACCCAUUCCCAAUCCAGCACAAAGGUGGCAGUGAAAAUGCUGAAAUCCACAGCCAGGAGGAGCGAAACUCAGGCCUUAAUGUCAGAGCUGAAGAUCAUGAGUCACCUCGGCCCUCACCUCAACAUCGUAAACUUGCUCGGAGCUUGCACGAAACAUGGCCCUCUGUACCUGGUGACAGAGUACUGUCGCUAUGGCGACCUGGUGGACUACCUGCACAGGAACAAGCACACUUUCCUGCAGUAUUACGCCGAGAAGAACCAAGAUGAUGGCUGCCUCAUUUCUGGAGGAAGCACUCCACUCAGCCAGAGGAAAGGCUAUGUGUCUUUCGGAAGUGAGAGUGAUGGCGGAUACAUGGACAUGAGUAAAGACGAGCCCUCAGUCUAUGUGCCGAUGCAGGAGCAGAUGGACAUCAUCAAAUAUGCCGACAUCCAGCCCUCUCCAUAUGAGUCCACCUACCAGCAGGACAUCUAUCAGGAACAAGGUGGUGGCCGACUGGACCUGGUCAUCAGUGACUCUUCCAUCCUCACCAACAAUGACCUUCUGGGCUUCAGCUACCAAGUGGCAAAGGGCAUGGAGUUCCUUGCAUCCAAAAACUGCGUCCAUCGUGACCUUGCUGCCAGAAACGUGCUUAUCUGUGAAGGCAAACUGGUGAAGAUUUGUGACUUUGGCCUGGCCAGAGACAUCAUGCAUGACUCCAACUACAUCUCUAAAGGCAGCACCUUCCUGCCCCUGAAGUGGAUGGCACCAGAGAGCAUUUUCCAUAAUUUAUACACCACCUUAAGUGAUGUGUGGUCAUUCGGCAUUCUUCUUUGGGAGAUUUUCACAUUAGGAGGAACCCCUUACCCUGAUUUGCCCAUGAAUGAGUUGUUCUACAGUGCUUUAAAGAGAGGUUACAGAAUGGCCAAACCUGCCCACGCCUCUGAUGAAGUUUACGAGAUCAUGAAGAAGUGCUGGGAUGAGAAGUUUGAGAAGAGGCCCGAGUUCUCCUUUCUGGUUCACACUGUGGGGAAUAUGCUGACAGACAGCUAUAAAAAGAGAUACAGUCAAGUGAAUGACAACUUCAUGAAGAGUGACCACCCUGCAGUCGCCCGCACCAAACCCAGACUCUCCUCACCGUUCCCAAUCCCCAGUCAGACACUGGGAUCCCCCGGGAGCCCCUCCUUCCCCCCAGACCCUUACAACCAGAGCCAGGAAGCAGACGCACAGGAAGUCAUACCAUCAUACAACGAGUACAUCAUUCCAAUCCCAGACCCCAAACCGGAGGAAGAUUUUACCGACACAGACGUCCCGUCAGACAGCCCUGCGAGCUCAGUGGCUCUGGAGGAGGAGACCGACUCCAUGUCCCAGGACACGGCUGAAACCUUACCAGAGGAGGACCGGCUGGAGGAGACCAGCGAGAGAGACGCUCUGCUGGGUUCCUCUGGCACGCCCGAGGUAGAGGACAGCUUCCUCUAGCCACGCGUAAAAACCCUGGGAAAAUGAGCCCUUUUCUGGGAAAUCUUUUUCAAAAAUGCCUGAAUAAGGGAAACGUGAUUAAACUAGAAUGUAGCAAUCGAAACUCAGAAAGCAGUCCUUGUAUCUCCACUAAGAGCUCCAACAAUCGCCUCCUCCUUCCUCAGAAUUCAUAUCGUGCUUAGUGCCUCCAAAAACUGCAAACUGAGUUCUAAAAAUCAUCCUGAAUCCAGUUGUUACUGGACAUUUGCCUUAAAUAUGGUACUAUCCUCACACUGUUACAUCACAUUUACAGUAACUAAAUAUCUAGAGCCCUUAUGAUCUAUGUGCUUUAUUAUUUAGGUAAAUUUAGGUACAUUUUUGUUUUUUAUUAUUUCCACAUCUUCCUAUAAUGAAAAAAAGUGUUCACAACCACUGGAAAUAUUGCAAAAGUAAGUGAUUUAUACAUGUUUUUGCUAUUAAGAGCAGUAGAGUCAACAUUAAUACUCACUGUAGGCUAAUAUUUCUUUGUUUUGUUCGUAUUUUUGUAUCAUUACCAGGACAUGGGAUACAGACAGAUUCUACAUGCACUGUUUGAAUAUGAAAAUAUACUUUUUUUUUGUAAUUCCUUUAGUUAUAUACCCUGUUACCAGACAUUUCCAGCUUCCAUUUUAUUGUAAGAAUUAUAUGAAAUGUAAAUGUCAUUUGUGAAUUUUGCAUAUUGUUUUCUAUAGGUUAAAUUCAUAGCUGUGUGCCAGACUUGCACUUUAUUUAGAAAAAAAAAUUUUCAUAUGCAGUAUAUGUUUUCAGGAUGUUGAAAAUCAGCUCAAAAGCAUUAACUUUAACAUGUUUCACAAUUAUUUUAGUGAAUAUUGAUGUACUUUAUGUGAUAACGUGUUACUCAACUGAAAAUGAUAAAUACAGCGUAUCACUGCCUUAGCACAGAGAAGUACAGAUGAGUGCCUCUGAAUCGACUGAACAGAACAGGACGGAUUUCUAUUUUGCAGCUAGUGUUGCUUGUUGACAUGAAGGGCUACUGUUCUUACAAAAACGUUAUAGCCAUAUGUGUACAUGUACAUAACAUGAUGCUUUUAGUCCUGUUGCAUUAUAUAACAUUUACUCUGCACAGUCUCUACUUCUAAUACUUUACCACAAUUAAAACAGCACAUUGCAAUUUUCUGUAGCAUCAGUUUAAAAUGCACAAGUUCACUGUAUCACAUGCUAUGGUACCAAAGCUCUUCUUAAUGUUUACAAAUGUAUUUUUUAUAUGUGUCAUUUCUAUGUUGUAAUUGUGACAAUAAAUGUGUAUUAUCAUAUAUCAA